AUGGCUACCGUAACCGAUCCGCAAACCGUCGCACCGGACGUUGAGAUGACCGACUCUCUGGCCACCACCAGCGACUCCAAUAACCUCUCAACUGCCAAUGGCAAGCGCAAGGCCGACACCGAUGUCAGCGAGCUCGAUAACAGAACCAUCAAGAAGAACACACCCUCUGUCAACAACGACGAGCAGCCAGCCAACCCCUCCGAGGCUGCCAUCGAUACCAACAUGAUCCCGGCCGAGCAAGCUGGGCAGACUCCGGCUUCGACCGAAACCCCUUCCACCGAAGAGGUCAAGCCUGGUCCCUCCAAGCGCGAGCUCAAGAAGUUGCGCAAACAAGCCGCCUAUGAAGCCUACGCCGAGCAGCGCAAACAGAAGCGCAAAGAUAAGCGCCACGAGAAGCAAGCCCAGCGUCGAGAAGAGAAGGAGGAGUUGAUGGCUAAAGCUGUCGAGAAAGGACUCGACCCAAUGGCCUUCAUUCCCACCAAGAAGCCUCUCGAACCCAACUUCCUCCCCAUCUCCGUUGUCAUCGACUGCGACUUCGAGCAAUACAUGCGCGAAGGAGAACUGAUUUCCCUGUCGAGCCAGCUCACCAGAUCGUACGCAAUGAACCGCAAGGAGAAAAACCAAGCCCAUCUGUCACUCAGCGGGUUUGGGGGCAAGCUCAAGGAAAGAUUUGAGACAAAGCUCAAGAACACCCACCUCAACUGGAAGAAUGUGAUCAUUACCGAAAACAACUUUGUCGACUGCGCCCAGCAAGCUAUCGACGAGUUUAUUCAGCCUUAUACCGCGUACAACCUUCCCGAUCACGUCGCUUCGAAGGAGACGGGCAACGUCCCUCACAUGAGUCUCGAUGAGAAGUUUGAUAACAAGUCGACCGAGGAUGUCGAGGAGGACAGUGUCCACAAGAACAUUGUCUACCUCACUUCCGACUCGCCGUAUACCCUUGACAGACUCGAACCAGGGACCGCGUACAUCAUUGGAGGGUUGGUCGAUCGCAACAGGGAGAAGGGUCUUUGCUACAAGAGAGCGCAAGAACACAAGGUUCGCCAUGCGAAGUUGCCGAUCGGGGAUUUCAUGGCCAUGCAGAGCCGGUUUGUCUUGACGACGAACCAGGUGGUGGAGAUUAUGGGGAAGUGGCUGCAGUGUGGUGACUGGGGGCAGGCCUUUUUGGAGGUGAUCCCGAAGCGGAAGGGUGGUGUGCUGAAGGAGGGUGGUGGGAGUCAAGCUGGGGGUGAUGACGAGGGGAAUGUCAAGGAGGAGGAUACCAAAGAGGAUCAGAAGGAGGAUGAGCCGGACAAGUCGACCGACACUGAGAUCAAGCCGGAGAUGGAUUAG